AGUUAGAUAUGUAUAUAUAUAUAUGAAGUGGUUUUGUCUUGAAUAGUAGCUUAUUUGUUUCGCAAUGUAUUCAUUCUUUAGUCUCUUGAUCAUUUAUACAGCUGUGGUCGGACAUGAAUUACCAGGCCCUCACAUCGUUAACGGAACAGACGCUUUACUCGGCGGACAUCCUUACAUGGUAUCUCUGAGACUUAACAAUAAUCAUUUCUGCGGUGGAUCUAUUAUUGCUAAACGUCACAUUCUCACCGCAGCUCAUUGUCUUACGACGUUUUCUGAUCCUAAAGUUCUCAAAAACGUAACAGUUCAUGCUGGUACGAACUUCUUAACGAAAACUGGUGAUGUCUACAAUGUUAAGAAAGUCAUUAUCCAUCCUGAUUACGAUCCUGAUUUAAUCCGUAAUGAUAUCGGCUUAUUUCAUCUGAAAACAGACAUAGUAUUCAAAGAUGUGGUGCAAUCGAUUCCUAUCGCAACCACUAAUUCCACUCUAGUUGGCGAAUUCUGCUUCUUGAUCGGAUGGGGUAGACUCAAGAAAUCAGGCAAAAUACCUGACAAGCUUCAAAAACUCGAUUUGAAAGUUUUCUCACAAACAGACUGCAAAAUUUUAUACGAGGAUAUACAGGAUAGUCACAUUUGCGCAUUUUCAAAAAAUGGUCAGGGAGCAUGUCAUGGUGAUUCCGGUAGUCCACUCGUUGCCAAUGGUAUUCAGAUUGGUAUUGCCUCAUUUGUUGUUCCAUGCGCAGUUGGUUUUCCGGAUGUAUACACAAGAGUAUCCGCUUUUAAAGAUUGGCUCGGACAGCACGUCAAUGUCAAUACCGCGACAAUCUUGUCUCUUGUAUGACACUUAUCUAUUGUCUUAUACAUAUCUAUUUACAUAAUAUAUAUAUAAUUUAAGACGUUUAAAAGUAUAGUACUAAACACUACACUAAAUUUAUUAGCUAAAAUGACACAGAUCUUUAAUAUUGCAAAAAAGAUAAGUAUUAUCCGCAAAAUAUCUUUAUUAACACAAUUUUUCCAAAUAUUUUAUUGUUAAUCGGUUAGGUAACUGUAAAUCAAAUGAAGGUAAUUAUUUACUAUAACGGACCCAGCACCAGUGACGUUGACCUUGACAUAUGUUGUCAAGGACAUAAUCCUGAGUAACUUUUCCUUAUAACUUAAUCGGCGGU